AUGGUCAUUACAGACAUGAGACGUGCAUCCAUGCACAUGGAAGAAAAGGUUCUAAAGCUCACAGAGAGGUUCAAGCUGGCGCUGCUGUCCCGAAGACAUUCCGUUCGAUCGGAGGAUAGCGAAUCCUUGGGCCACACCAGUUCCGAUGAGAAUGAAGAGGAAGAGGAAGAGGAAGGAGGCAUGGAUGCAGCCAAGCUGCGACAGAUUCUGGAACAUCAGCAACAUGGAGACCUCUUGGAGUCUGAGACUACGAGUGACGAGGCUGAGCAUGUUGCCCCUUCCGGAGGCUCUGUUGAAGAUGCGCUCUUACACCUACAAGAGCUUUCUGGUGUAGAGGAUCAGCUGCACCGAGCCUUAGCACACUUGCUUCACAAGCUGCACGGCACCCCUAAAAUGGAGGAAGUCCACGAUUUGCUCAAAACAAAAGUGCAAGAGCUCAGUGAAGCUUGGCAUUUGGCAGUGACGAUUACGGCCCAUUGUGUGCCUCAUGUGGACUCCAGGGGAAGUACCACUUGGAAGAUUCGGGAGCAGCGGUUUGCGUGGCUGGUCCCAUUGGUGCAUCAGCUGGCCCAACGCUGUGGGGAGCUGCGAGCUGUUGGAGAGGUGCUUUGGGCGGAAGCAGUAGCACAUGGCGGUCCGCAGAGAUUGGAGGCGCUGGAGAAGAUCAAAGCCGUUCUUCGAAGCUUGGCACCCUUCCCCAAGCAAAUCAUCCAGGCGGGUGAGGAAUCCAUGACGCGAGUGCAGAAGGGGCUCCGCGAGAAGCUGCACAUCAUGGCCGCUGCCAAGGGCGCCCUCGAGCAUCUCAGCAGCCUGCCAGAUGCCAAUGUUGCACCUUCCGAAGGUGUGGCCGAGAUGCUGCCUUUGGGUCCAUCGUCCCACACCUUCCUGACGGCAGUGAAGGCAUUGAUGAAAUUCUUGACCAGCGAUGCUUUGGCCGAUGCCAAAGUCUUCGACCGCUUAACAGGGCCUGAGAUUCUGGGUGUUUUGUCCCAAGCCGUGACAGGUGAUAUGAAGCAUGCUUUGCCAGAGUGCUUUCGUGCGGCGAUGCUGUCCCUUGCUGAUCUGGGCAACCUGAUUGAGGAGUAUGAGCCGCAGCCAGUGCCAGGUGAAGAUGUGAGUCUCGUCGAUGCCAGUCUCAUCGCUCAAAAAGGCAAAAAGACUGGGAUUCAUCAUCAGGAGCGUUGGAAAGCCUUGGCCGCAGGGGCGCGGCGUCGCAUCGAAUCCGGCACUCCCUUGCCAGACUCUAGAUCUGGCUCCUUCCAGUUGGGGAACUCCCGCCCAUUGUUCAGCAGGGAAAGAUCACAAACGGCAGAGUCUUCAAGGCCGUGGACUUCAACGCCUCAACGACCGUCCACAGAAGGGUCAACCAGGUUGCCAUCAAGGCAGCAGGCCGACCUCACGUCCUUGGAGCGUGGGCGUCAAGAACAGCCGCCAUCGCCGCUGGGGUUGCAGGAAGUGCCUUUGGACCAGCAGAAUUUGGAGUUCGAGCUGGAAAAGCAGCGACUAGAGCAGGCUCAAAAGGAACAAGAAGAGGACCUUCGAAGGCUUCAAAGUGAGGAGCAGGAAGCCGCGCAGCGUGUGGACGUCUUGCGGAGAACCAUCUCCAAACUGAGUCAAGGCUCAGACGCUUGGCGUGUGGGAGAAGUCUUGGAAGAGUUGGAGAAAAUGGAAGAAGCUCGAAAGACAAUUCAAGCUACGCUUGACGAGUGUCAGCAAGUCACAGAGCUUCUGCAGGAGCAGCAGAAGGAUGUCCAAGAGCGUCAGUCGCUGCAUCAUGAACGCACCAGAAUUAUGCACUCUCACAGUAUGCUGCCGGUCCAAGAGAAGACUCGGAAGGCCAAGUCUUUGCAAUGGCAACGAUCUCUCAACAGAUUGUCGGACAUUCAAAGCAAGAUGGAGCAGCUGGACAGGGAGAUCUCCAUUAAGCAAGGGGCCGCCAGCAACCUUGAGGCGAAGGUUCUUGAGCGUCAGAAGUCUAAGAUGGCACUUGAGACUGGAAGAUCGGGUCCAACUGCGGAAACUACCCCAGCGCCCAAGAUCCUCACAGAACAGGAAGCAAUGGCUAUCUAUGCGUCGCGGGUGGCCAUGCGAUCACUGUGGAAGGUUCAAGGCUACAAGCUGAUGCAGGCACAAAGAGCCGCCAAGAUGUAUUGCCAACACCUUCUAAAGCUAGAGGAGGGUCCACGAGUGGUUUUUGAGUUGGAAGGCGGUGAGAAGCGAGGUGCAUCUUCGAAGAAGCGUGGCUCUCAACUUCGCCGUUCCGCCACAAAAGUCGGCAGCAGAAGGGCAUCCUCCACCAAGUCGGGCAGUAUCUCCCCAAGCCCAAAGUCAUCAACUACUACAUCAAGAGCGUCAUUGAAGAGAGGAUCGUUGCAAAAACGUCCUGGGAAAGAUGGUACCAAGUCAGAGGAGCAGACCAUGUAUGUUGGCCGAGCGAAGUCAAAGAUCACCCGCUCGUUGACUCAUGGUCAGCCAAAACUGACACGGGAUGCCACCCGCCGAUUGUCUAGGGCCUCUAUUGAAUCCAGGGCGGACUCGGUGGAAGCGGCUGCUUUGAUGGAGUCCAUCACCGUUCGACGCGAUGGCCGCGCGACCACCGUGCCCGUGAUCAACGUCCGUUCUGCGUCUCCGGCGUCGGCCAGCAGCUACACCAGCGAGGAAUCAGAGGAGGAAGAUGUUGAGCUGCCUGAUGUACCAGCCAUCGGUCGCAGAGCAAACAUAAUGACUGACCUGUUGGAGACGAAGGCCUUAAGAAGUAAUGUCCAAGCGUCUUUAGGCGAGCAGGAGCUGGAGCAGAGCACCCAGUGGGCUGAUGAUUGGAUCCGACGCAAAAGCAUGCAAGGGCCGCAAGGGGAAGAUGCACAGGAUGUUGGCGUGCUGGAUGGACGACAUCUCCUACGGCGCACUGGUCUGUCAGAAAUCACUCCCCUUGUGGCCGAUGAAGCUUUGGGCAUUGACGGCUUGGACGUCAGUGACAGCGAAGACGAGGAAGUCUUGCAGCGAAAACCGGAGUCUUUGUUGGAGCAUUUGCGGAAGAACUCCAUGAUGGCGCCUCAAGCACCCCAGGUCAAGCCGAAGAAGCCUGGCCUUCCAGGUCGAGCUGUCCAGCUGGGCAUGCCCUUGCAGGGAGGCUCCCCGCUGGUGGUCUUUGCUGGAAAGGACCGGAUGCGAAGCAAAGGUUCUAAAACUCCCAAGCGCAAGACCACAAAGAAGGAGGCUGAAUCACCAGUUCGGAAGGAGGGUUUCUUGGCGGAUCCCUUGAUACAGAAGUUGGAGAAAGAGUUUGCACACCAACCAUCCCUCCGGGAGAAAUCGCCGAUGUCCAGGCGGGAGUUCUCCACAUCGACCAGUAUGCCGGGGGAUGCUGAAGGAUUGCAUGAAGACUCCUUGAUGACCUUUUCUUCGGUGCUGUCCGGAGAAAAGUACAGCUACCUCAGCGAGAAUGCAAUUGCAGCAGCUGUUGGUGAUGAUCCACGUGCCAGGAGGGUGGAGGCUUCCAGACCACCUUUGCCCAAACUGGUGGACGUGAGGAAGAACGGGCCAGGUGAUGCUGCAGCGGCUCAGUAUGUAGGCAAAGGCUGCAAGGCGGUGGUUUCUGCUGCGAUGGUGCAAGCAGCGCGCAUGCAACCACCAGGAUACAAGCCACCAAGGUCUAAGUUGGCCAAGCCCAAAGCGGCUCCAAAAAAGGGAGGGCAAGCAGUCGAGGUUGAGACAGACUCUCCGAUCUUGCAAGACUCGCCUGACACGAGCAGAUGUCCAACAGUACAAUUCAUGGAGGAGGAAAAAGAAAUUGAUGCACAGCAUGGACCCACUAUGCCGGUGAUUCGUGUACAAACUGCCGGCAAGAGCAGCACUGGCCCAGAAAGUGGGCCCGCUUCUCCCUCGUCUUCAGGCUGGAGCCAUGGCAGUGUGGCAGAUCCCGGCGAGUUGGGCGGAGGGCGCUCCUCCCGAUCGGCAGGCUCCGUUUUGACCACCCGCCCGAAGCAGUGCCAACCCUUGCUCUCAGCCAGAGCCAAAAAGUAUUUCAACGGUGGAUGGCACCGCUGA